AUGUUCAGUUUUACUUUGCAAAGCUAUAUACCUUCACUGGCGAUCAUAUUUGUGCAUGCAAAAAUGAAUAAUAUCCACAACCAACCCCCGAAAGAAGAUAAUAAGGAAGGCCGAAAGAGAAAUUCAUUAAUGAAUUCACCGGAAGAAAUAAUUGAAUGGAUACUUCGACAGAUAGAAGAAAACAAAGAAAAAAAUGCCAGACAUAUGUCAGAGAUAGAGAACAGACAGAAAGGAAUACGUUUUAUAUACGAAUUCAUUAAUCAGAAGAUGUUGGAUUUAGAAGACAACAUCGAGGACAUUAUUAAUGAUCUCUACUACGCAGAACAGGAACGCUAUUAAUCAUCUUUAAUCCAGCUUAUUUCAGUUUUUACAUCAAGAUUUAAAAUGUUACGGGCCGACUGAC